AUGAGCGAUCUCGAGUCCUCUAUUAUUACGUCCACGCUCGGCAACGUCAUUCAGACCAGACAAACCGUCAGGCAUUUACAGCAAACGAUGGAUGUGGGCCUCAUCAACAUCAGAGUGUUAAUGAUGCAGGUAGCCACUUUCAACACGAAACUAGAGAUCACUGCAUACAACCGAGGUGAGCGCCGUGACGUGGAUUCCAGAGAGGACCAGCUCAUGGAUGACUUUGGAAGUCGCAAAUUCAGAACGUUAGAGCAUAUCCUGCGUUCGAUUUCGACGGGCCCAGAGUUCCCUGUGGCGAAGCGACUGCUAAAAAUGGAACAAUCGUACGUCAAAGGAACCUGCAUCUGGAUCAAGCAGAACGACGAGUUUCGGAAGUUUUUGAAACAGAGCACGGGUUUGCUUUUCGUCAAGGGCAACAAGCGCACAGGAAUGAGCAUGAUGCUGUUCUACGUCUUGCGAUACUUACUGCAUGAAUACCAACCGGGGAAUGAGUUUGCAGAAAAAAUCGACUGUUGCGUACUUCAACUUCGGUUGCGAUAG